ACGUAGGCGUGGUCAGGAGCAACAUUGGUCUGCAGUUCUCGCUUUUCUUCGCUUCACCACGUUUCGUGUGUGUUUCAACCACGCCACCAGACGCGUUCGAGCGCAUUCCGAACCAACCUCCACAUCGCUUCCACGCCGCUCCUCACUCACAACAGCCUCUCAAGCCGCCAAGGAGCCCGUCAGCCACCAAACCUUAUCAUCUCCCGGUAAUCUGACGCCCCAACUCCACGCCUUCGACGCGCUCGAACAAAUGGACGGAGGCGCGUUUGGCGACGGAUUUCGCAACCAGCUGCUGGACGAGGAUGCGCAGUAUGACCGUCUGAGUUCUGUGUACUCGCCGGACGACGAGGGCUCGCUCUACGACCAUUUGGCGCCACAAGAGAGCGCCAAGGGUGUCAGCCGGUUGAGCGUGGCGGGAGAUCCCGGCAGUCCAAUUGGCUACGUUGUAGCAGGUGCGCAGCAACCGGCGCGGGUCGAGCCUCAGUGGCAGUACUCGGGGAUUGCGCAGUCGGUGGAGAGUGUGCUGGAGUCGAGAGGCGGCGAGCCGGUGCGUUUUCCGUCGCCUGGAAAAUUGAGGGAAUCCUCUACACAACAGGGUGGCGUCAACCCGGCGUUUGCUGAUUUUGCUGCCGCUAAUGCGGCGGGUGGGGCUCUGUCUGCACGGCUGACUGACAAGGGGGUUCUCACUGACAGGGGGGUUCAUUUUGCGUCAGCUGAUGGACAGUCACCUGAGGCUCAGAUGUCGCCAAGUGUGAGUGACAGCAAGUGGAAGAUUAGUAGUGAUGAGAGGAAGAGAUAUGAGCAGCAGUUUCAUACUCUGAAGACGUCGAGUGGGUAUUUGUCGGGACGAGAUGCUCGUGAGUUUUUUCUGAAAUCAAAGCUUCCGAAUUCGGAGUUGUCGGCUAUUUGGAAAUUGUCUGAUUUGGAUGAAGAUGGGAAGUUGUCGAUUGGUGAAUUUUGUGUGGCUGUACAUAUUGUUAUACAUAGAAGAAGGGGGGAUGAAAUACCGGCUGUUUUACCAGCUGUGCUAUGGCCGAAAAAAUCAGAGCAGUUUGAUAUCGAGUCUGCUUUUAAUGAGCUCGGAUCAUCAGCAGCACAACGAAUAUCCGCUGAGGCUUUCCAGCCUGUUCCGACCAGAAAAGACAGCGCGAUGACUCUCUUAUCACCAGGACAAGGAACCACCAACGUGCCAACAUCAAAUGACGUGCAAGUAGGAACCACAUCUAAACAAACACCUAAGAAACCGAUGAAUAUGGCAGCGCCGGUUGCAGAAGUCCAGAUGCAAAGUCCACACCAUCGACGUCAGUCUGAUCCAUUAUCUCAGGCCUCUCACUCAAAAGUGUCAGGAAAUCUAGUGCGAGAAUCAAAACCUCUCGUUCUUGAGAACCCGUUGGCUCAAAUGGGACUUCCUCUUCCGCCGUCGAAAGACAAACCACUGCCUGCAAUUCCAGGAAUUGCGAUGUCAGACGUGAAUGAGACGGAUGGUAAUCCGUCUGUUAGUCGGGAAAGUUUGAGUCCAGAGAAUGAGGAGUUACCUCUAAUGCCACCUUUGUUACCGAUGAAAAAGAAAGUGAGUCAGAGCAUCGGAAUCGGCAAGCAUGUGACUGAGACUUCCACCAGUAAGUUUGUUCCUCCAAAGUCGCCGACGUUAGAAAACCUGACUGUGACCGAUCUGCCUCCUCCGCCAAUCGAGAAGCCUGUGGACUUGCUAGCCGGCGAUACAAAGAUGCAGUUUGUGAUGGAUAAAUUGGCUGCGCCAUCUCUUCCUCCAAAGAAGAAAUCGAGCACGAGCAACAUCAAACGCAGCAAGAGUCAGAGAGAUCGACAGUCGAACUCGCAGUCGAAGCUGAAACGCAGAGCGUCGAAAGAAGCUGCUGGAUACUCACAGCUUGACGACGAUGCUUGCUCAUUGGGAGAUGCCUCGCCUGGUGCAUCUGUAGACGCACAUAUGUUACAAACACAUGCUCUACAGCCUACUGUUCAUGAUUUAGUGAGUGUUGUGGCACCCGUUGUUAGGGUAACGCAAUCUCCUGUUGUUGGCCGGUCAAGCAAUCAAGACGAGACGGAUUGGCGGAAGAAAGGACAUUCUCGGUCGUCGUCGCUUGAUCUUAAUGUCGUAAUGAAGAGUCAGGAGUUUGAUGAAAUGAAGACAGAUACUCAGCCAUUCACGGAUUUGCCUCCAACUCCACCACCUAAAGACUUUCCGGCUGUUCUUCCUAAACGUAAAUCGCGGAAACAUGCGCCUGAACCGCCAUCACCGAUGCUUGAGGUGAAGCAGCCGAGUCCUGGCAAGAGAAAAGGGCACAAAAAAUCAGCUUCACUGGAUAUUCUUUCGUCAAGUCCUGAUAUAAGAGACAUAACGAGGCAUAUUCGGUCGAUGACGCCGGACAGUCAGACUUCGAUUGGUGCUUCUCCUGCUGUUGAGAUUCAUACGAUUACACAAAAACCUGUUGUGAGAGAGAAGAAGAAAGCACCGCCAAUACCUCCUAGUCCUUAUAAGAAAAAGAGCCAGACUGAUAUGUCGUUGGAAGCAACUAUUGCAAAGGAUUCAUAUGCGUCUGUCAACAAAACAAAGAAGGACAAGGCGACACUAGAGGAAGAAAUCAGACAACUGAAAAACAGAUUCCUUGAGCUCAAGAGACUCAACACUGAUCUACACAGUCGUCUCAUGGAGUUGAAGGAGCAACGAAGCAGCUUGCAGGUCGAGAAAGAGAUUUUGGAACAGAGCAGAAGUGACAUACAACAGUAGUCACUCUAUCAAUACAGAGACACAGUGAGGUAAUUCAGACUUCGUCGCUCGCCUUUGUCACAUGUUAGUUUCGUAGUGUAGCAAUACGGGUGAUUGGUAAUUUAUUAGUUAAUACACAGAUUCUCAGUAGAUUAA